CACCUUCAGAGGCGCGGGGCGUGCGCGUCCUCCUCCCCGGGCCGCCCGCCUCCCCGCCAAGGUGCUUGCUGCCCUCUGCCAUGCUCUCCAGGUAAGACAUGCCCCUCCGCGGGGCAGGCGGACUUCUGCAGCCGGCAAGCGGGAGGCUCGCCUGAACAUGGAGAGAUAAGACGCAGGCCCACGUGACCGAGCGCCGUGCUCCGCCCCCCCGGCCGGGCGAGCCCUCGUCGUCGAGAUGGACCGCCCCCGAGAGGCCGAGACGGAGCUGAGAAGGGGCCCCAGCCCACCCAGGGCCAGCAGGAGCCCCGAGGCGGACGGCGACAAGGCGCUGAGCCACAGCUGCUGCAUCUGCGGCAAGAGCUUCCCCUUCCAGAGCUCCUUGUCCCAGCACAUGCGCAAGCAUACAGGCGAGAAGCCCUACAAGUGUCCCUACUGCGACCACCGGGCUUCCCAGAAGGGCAACCUGAAGAUCCACAUCCGCGGCCACCGCACGGGGACUCUGAUCCAGGGCCACGAGCCCGAGGCGGGCGAGACGCGCGUGUCCGAGGGCCUGGACGGCUGCGCCAGCCCCACGAAGAGCACCUCGGCCUGCAACAGGAUCCUGAACGGCGCCACCCAGAUGGACAGCGGCAAGAUCCUGCUGAGGAGCAGCAAGAAGGAGGCGGAGGGGGCGGCGUGCGCGGCGGAGGAGGCCAAGGCGGCGGGGGCGGGGCAGUGCUCCUUCUGCAAGAGCAAGUUCGAGCGCAGGAAGGACCUGGAGCAGCACGUGCACCAGGCGCACAAGCCCUUCAAGUGCCGGCUGUGCAGCUACGUGACCCUGCGGGAGGAGUCCCUGCUCAGCCACAUUGAGAAGGACCACAUCACGGCCCAGGGGCCCCGCGGCGACGCCUUCGCAGAGAACGGCAAGCCUGAGCUGCCCCCCGGCGAGUUCCCCUGCGAGGUGUGCGGCCAGGCCUUCAGCCAGACCUGGUUCCUGAAGGCACACAUGAAGAAGCACAGGGGCUCCUUCGACCAUGGCUGCCACAUCUGCGGCCGGAGAUUCAAGGAGCCGUGGUUCCUGAAAAACCACAUGAAGGCGCACGGCCCGAAGGCAGGAAGCAAGAACAGGCCCCGAGGCGAGCUGGACCCCAUCGCCACCAUCAACAACGUGGUGCAGGAGGAGGGGAUUGUGGCCGGCCUGAGCCUCUACGAAGUCUGCACCAAGUGCGGGAACCUGUUUACGAACCUGGACAACUUGAACGCGCACAACGCCAUUCACCGCCGGGUGGAGGCCGGCCGGCCGCGGGCCCCGGUCGGGGAGGGCCCGGCGCCCGGCCCCGCCGACUCCCAGCAGCUCUUCCUUCAGUGCCUGAACCUGCGUCCGGCGGCCGGCGCGCCCGCCCGCGGGCAGGCCGGGCGGCGCGUGGCCGAGCUGGACCCGGUCAACAGCUACCAGGCCUGGCAGCUGGCCACGCGGGGCAGGGUGGCCGAGCCGGCCGAGUACCUCAAGUACGCGGCGUGGGACGAGGCGCUGGCUGGGGACGUGGCCUUCGACAAGGAGCGGCGCGAGUUCAUCCUGGUGAGCCAGGAGAAGCGCAAGCGCGAGCCCGAGCCCGGCGCGCAGGGGCCCCCGCGCAAGAGGGCGGGAGCGCCCGGGGACCCCGCGCCCGGGCCCCCGGACCCCCGGCCGGCCGCGCGCCCCAGCCGCCGCGCCGCCGCCCCCGCCGGCCACGGCAAGUCGUCGGAGUGCUUCGAGUGCGGCAAGAUCUUCCGCACGUACCACCAGAUGGUGUUGCACUCGCGGGUGCACCGCCGCGCGCGCCGCGACCGUGACCGCGACGGCCCCGGGGACCGCGCGCCCCGCGCCCGCUGCGGCUCGCUCAGCGAGGGCGACUCGGCCUCGCAGCCCAGCAGCCCCGGCUCGGCCUGCGCCGCCGCCGACUCCCCGGGCUCCGGCCUGGCCGACGAGGCCGCCUACGAGAGCGGAGAGGAGGGGGCGGCCCACCCUGCACCAGGGACAAAGCCACACCGCUGCUGCUUUCCUGAAGAAGUAGCCUCCGCUGCGCUCUCCAACGGAGACCAAAGUCACACACUUGGAAAUAACCCAUCGGGAAGAGCUGCCAGGGAGCCCAGCGCGGGAAUCCCGGCUUCCGUGUCCGUACUUGAAAGCAGUAGCAGAGACACUUCCAAGAGAGCAGAGCAGCCUAGGCUUUCUGUGGACUUAAAGAUGCCAGCAUUUCACCCCGGCUCCAGGGAUGCUGCGGACUUCCCUUCGCAUCCCGCUCAGACUGCGGACGUGCGGCUCCCCUCUGAGAGCCAAGCCACCCACCCGAAAGAGAAGCUGUCUGAUUUGCACAAUAAAGAGCAUUCCGGGGGAGGGAGACGGGCGCCGGCCCCAGACCUGGUCCCGCUGGACCUGAGCGAGCGGUCGACGCGGGACGACCCCAGCCGCGAGGAGGGGGCCUCCUCCCCGCAGGCAGCUCUGGCCGUCCACCCGUGUCCUUACUGCAGCUACAAGACCUACUACCCCGAGCUUCUGUGGAUGCACAAGCGCAUCUGGCACAGGGUCAGCUGCCACUCCGCGGCCCCCCCGUGGAUUCAGCCCAACGGCUCCAAAAGCAUCAGGAGCAACUUGGUUUUCCUCACCCGGAGCGGACGCACGGGCCCCCCGCCUGCCCUCGGGGGCAAAGAGUGUCAGCCGCUGCCCAUCUCCCGGUUCACCCGCACUCAGGUGCCGGGCGGGGCGCCGGGCCCCAAAGGGAGCCCCUCGCCCCUGGGGGUGCCCACGAAAGCCGCCGGCUUGCCCAGGAGCAAGGAGAGCCACCCCGGGGGGCCCUGCGCGCUCUGGGCGGCCGGCCCCGACGGGCAUCGGCAGACCAAGCCCGGCCCCGGCCCCGGCCCCGAGCAGCCCGGGGCUCCGCCGCCCCCGUCCAAGCCCAAGCAGGAGACCGGCCCGAGACCUGGGCCCGCGGCGGGCAGCGGGGGCUUCAGCAGAACUGCCACACCGACGCCCACCGUCAUCGCCCGGGCGGCUCCCCAGCCCCCGGCCAGCAGCAGGCAGGGCGACAAGUAUGGCCUCCCCCCGGCGGGGGCCGGCCUCGGUCCCCCAAAUAAGCACAGUGCCCUGGACCCGCCCAAAGCCAAAUUCAGCCCUCAGCCUCAGGGUCAAGCACACGGGAAAGGUGACGGGGGCCCCCCUCUACCUCCCCGAGAGCCCCCCGCCAAGGUCGGCUCCAGAGGGACUGCGGCCUCGCAGGCCCAGCCCGUCUUACACAACAUCAAGCAGGAGCCUGCGUCCGAGGGCCCCGAGAAGCGCCUGGACAUCCUCAGUAUCUUUAAGACGCACAUUCCAAAGGACUUUGCUUCUCUCUACCAGAGCUGGGGCGGCAACGGCCCUGCGCUCGAGCACAGAGGGACACUCCGGACGCCGGCCCACCAGGGAGACUUGGUCUGCGUGGAGUGUGGAAAGUGCUUCCACCAGUCUAGCCAUCUCCGGGCCCACACGCGGGCUCACACAGUGCUGUUUGAGUCUAACGGCCUCCGAGGUGCUGAAGCCCACGCCACCUCCGCAGAUGCCCCCAAACAAGGGAGAGACCAUUCUAAUGCAGAUACUGUCCAAACAGUGCCUCUCAGAAAGGGAACCUAGAGACACGCUUUCACCAUCCCCGGUGCCCCGGGACAGCGUCCGCAGUUCCCUUGUGGAUGUCCCGACCGUGACCCUGACCGCCCCGUGGAAGAACUCCCAACCGGACACCUCAGAUCCUGCAGCCGCUGGGCGGAGCGGAAGCUGAAGGGAGGGCUUCUCCUUGUUACACGUUAAACAUCAACAAAGAUGCUCGACUUAGAAUUACGUGUAGAUAUUCUAUAUGCAUAUAUGUGCUCACCGACCAUAGUCCGUAUUUUCUUAUAAUAAACGGUGGAGGUGGGAGCCACGGUAGGAGCGCAAAGCAUCGAUAUUGUUCAAGACAGGUUUGAGACACUGGAAGAAAGAUGCUCGUGUGUGUCGGACAGAGUGAAGCAGCCAAGCACUGAAACAGGAGCCGCCGCCGCUGCUCAGAGGCCUGUUGGAGGUGACGUCAGAACAGACGGCGGAGGGGUCCAGGUUGACGGAGUUUUGACGCUCUGGUCUCUCCUUGUCUCAGUGGGUAUUUAAAAUAGUGAAUAAAAGAGGAAGGAUGGGCCUUGAGGUGCUGUGGAAACAGGCUCGAUGGGGGGCGGGCGGGUGACAAGGUCCUCCUUCCUCAGUGGUCCCAUCGCAUCCCCUUGGGGGCCCUCUGCGUUUCCCAGGUGUGUCCCUCUCUCCCAUCUGUGCUCAGUGAAUCCGGCAGAGGAAACAACACAUCCGUGGGAAGGCUUUUGCUGUGCUUGGGAGAAGAGAGCUGGUUGAGCACUAAGCAAAGCAGGCUUCUUUGUUUAUUCUCAGGACCUUUUGGUAACAGGGCUACAUUCUGCAAACUGCUUACAACGGAAGACUGCCUGUCUUAACAAAUGAUCUAGCCACUGAACCCCCCUCGAUUUGGACCCUUUUAGUCCUAGCGGGAGGAUCCCCUGAGCCCAGGGGGGGCCCAGGUCGCCGGGGUCCUGGUGCUCUGGGGCCUCCUGCGCCCCCCUCCCUCCCUGCCUUCCUGUCCAUCUGUCCCAGCAAGUAGGCGUCUUUUCUUCUUGGGCCGGGGGGCCUCCAUGGGACGAGUCCCUUCAUUCCCAGAGCGUGGAGGCCCCCCCGGCCCGUGGGUCGGGCAGCUUAUAUACCUCUUCCUCAGUCGCGCAGAUGCCAGUUUUAGCGGUGGGGAGUUAAGGGCCGUAACAAAGGGUCUUAAACCUUGCAGUGUACGCAGUUGAAAUUGUAUUCCACAGAUAUAGAUAUUUUCUUUUCCGAUUACCAUGACACCGUGUGUGAUGGUGACGUUUCUGAGAGUGUCAGACUUUUGCACAUAAUGAUCUUAUGCAUUAUCAAAAGUUACUGCUGCCUUGAAUGAAAAUGUUCUGUGAAAUUUUUUGCAAAAGCUUUACUAGGUUUUUUUUAAUUGUGAAAUUUUGUAAAGGCAGGAAAUGGAUUAAAACGAGCAUAUGCUAAAUAUAUUUUUCAAAAAAGCAAUAAUUUUACAUGUACAGAAAUUAUCCUAAUCUUUAAUACUGGUGAGAGCGACAGUUUACCUAAUACAGUAAUGGAUUAGUGCAGUUUUUGUAGAAAAUGGGCUUCUGAUACAAAGACUUGUUGAAACACACACACACACACACACACACACACGCCCUAAAGUGUGGUUUUCCUGUUCUAAUGAUUCGUUGAAUUUUAUUAUUAUUAUUGUUGUUAUUGUUGUUGUUGUUGUUCUUAGUUAAUGUUUGGGUGUGGAUUCUCCUUGUUACUGAAUUUAAAUUACUUGACCGUUCAGGUUACUUUGCAACAUUUGCAAACAAUGCAAUGUAACUGGCUAGCUUAUAUCUAUAAAUAUAUAUAUACAUGUAUAUACACACGCAUAUAGCUGCAUGUAUGUGUGUGUAUAUAUAUAUAACUUUUUUACUUAUUUUUUCCUGAUAUUCUUACACCGGAUAUGUACCAGAAUGAUCUGUCGUGUUGGUGUCAUUAGGAAUGUCCUUGCAGAUACGAUUCAGUGACUGUCCUCUAAAGUUAUUUUGAGCAAAGUUUCAGAGCUACAUUCCUCUGUUCACCCUAGAAAUCGACAUGCCUUUCUGUUGACUUACGUUUGAUCACUUCCGUAGUCUCCCCACAGUGAUGGUUUCUGCAUUUUCUAGCUUUUAUUUUCUUGGCUGACAGCGAAGGGUGACAGUUCAGGAACGCACAGGGGCUCGUGAUUCGGUCUGUUUCUCUGUGUUUUAGUUAUUCAGAGGAAUUCUGUACCCAGAGUGACACGAUCGUGUACGUUCUUACCGUUUCAGAGGCGGCCUUCAGAGCCACAGGUGUCAUCCCGGGAGACCCCUUUGCGGGGAGCAUGGUGGAGAGGGGCGCGUCCCGGGGUCCCGUUGGCCGUACACGCAGCCCGAGCCAGUUGGAAUACUUGUUUCCACCUGGAGCACAGAAAUAAGGUUUUCCCUGAAUUCAGCAGACGGGGGUCCGGGGUGGGGGGGCGGCGUCCAAGAACACCACCCUCCAAGACAAGCCGUCUGGGGGCCCGGCUGUGCUUCCCUUCUGCCACUGAGCAUCAGUAUUGUAUUGGUUUGUCCAUGUGUUUAUGUCAGUUUGACCAUAGUAUUUAAUACGAUUUGUGUUUUUCUUAUUUAUUUAGCCAAUGUGUUUUGAUUCACUUUUUUUCGAUGGAUAAUUUCCGCAUGGUCUCUCCUGUAAGUCACCCUCUGACUGUUACAGACUUUCUACUACCUCUACCAAUCUGCUGUUUCCUUGUUUCUUAACAGGAUUUGACAGUGUUGGCGUCAAUGUAACUUAGACAAUAAAGGGUUUGGUUGUCUACACUGCAGCUUCUCCGUGUGUCUCCCCGCCCCCGCCUGCACACUCCUGCUGCUGGUCUCACUCCUCCCCCUCCCCUGCUCGCCCUGUUCCUCGUUGUUGUAACACAAAUAAUGAGCUUAGAGACUCUUUCAGGUUAUUCACUCAUAUUCCUUAACUUGAAGAAUGAACAUUUAAAUUCUCUGAAAACUCAGCUGUUCAAGCAUCUUCUCCGGGCGUUGGCCAGCCGUUCUGUCGCUUUUCUCCCCGGUUCCUGGAAGGCCCUGGGACCAUCUCAGAUGGAGGCGUUUCACCUCGGUUAUGGUACAGUACAGAUUUUCAGGCCAAGUGGAUUUUGCCUUUUGGGUUUUGAAAAGUAUUCAGUGCUUUAAGAGAUGCUUCCCAAUAUUUACUUUUAUUUAUUUUGUAAACCAAGAAAGACACUAGUUUCUUGAAACGAAGGUGUUCCAGGAAAUGGCCCCGGGGAUGACAUAUGCCACUUUGGCAAGCUUACGGAGCCUUGGUUUUGCCCAUCUUCAGAUCUGGCCGCUGAGUCACAGGUUGUGUACAGCGUCAGGCAGACAGUACACGGAGGCACGUGCACACGCAGGGUCAUCGUUUGGCAGGCCUCUGGGAUGUGGCCUCGGGCCCAGCAGGUCGCAGGUGACACCUCCCUGCUGUUUCCCAGGCACCUGGCUCAGGUAGCUUUUCCAGCGGGAGAUAGAGUGUAGCCCACAGGGUCACAGAAGGUGAAUGGCAGUUCUCAGUCUGUGCCUGGAACGCAAUGCACCUCCUGGGUUUUCACGGCCAGAUUCUCUUUACCGACGUGCCGUCUUGAAAACAGGCAAAUCACCCCCUGGGGGGUGUGAUCGACGCACAAAACAACGAAUGCGUUUGUACAACGUUACUUUUCCACUUUCAGAAUGUCUCCGUGUCUGAAGCAGGGUAUGCUGUUCCACUGCUUUUAACUCGGGUGUGUUCCAAUCGCAGGACAUUUUAUACACUGAGCAAAAAGAAAGAGAAUAAAAAGAUCACAGGCCAGGACUUCAAGUGAUGGUUUAGGUGCCCCGUAGUGUGUCUGUGUGGAGCGACGGAGGGGAAAAUGUUCAUUCUUCAACUUUGCUAAUUAUGCUUUGAGGCAGUAAAAUGCGAAAGACCAUAGAGUUUGUAUUUCUUUUUUAAAAUACAAGUUAUAACAUUAUAUUUUGUACUCUUUAUAUUAGAAUUUGUAACUAGAUUGUUGUAUUUAACUCUAUUUCUGAAAAAAUAAUUCAAUGUUUCAGUUGUGUGAUAAAAAAUAUUUAGAGAAAACAUAUUCAUUCUAUUGGAAACUGAAAUCAAUAAAAAC